UGAUUGAAUCAAAGUGGACCAAAUUAUCCCCAUUUAUUACUCAUUUUUCCUCACAUUGUAACGGAAAGGGGUGCAUUAGAUCUGAGUGACAUUACCUGAAAAUUAUAAUGGAUUUCGGCGAGAAGAUAGCCAUGGAUUCCGGCGAAAACAUAGAAGAAACAACAACAGCUGUAGACCGAAUCAAUCAGUUGUCGGACGAUCUUCUCCUUCACAUUCUCUCUCUUAUGCCGACCGAAGCCGCACUUGUGACAAGUGCUCUCUCAAAAAGGUGGCGCUAUCUUUGGAAAUCACUUGAUAGUUUCUCUUUUAGUACAUUUGGAAACUAUGAGUGGUAUGUAUCCUAUGUUGAUUAUGUAUUAGGUCAUUCCGUUUCUCCCAAAAUUAAAAAGUUUCAACUCGAUAGUAAUGAGCCGGAUGCAUACAAGUCGGACAUGGAUCGAUGGCUUAGUUUUGCUAUUGAAAAGAAAGUGGAAAAUUUGAAAAUCCAGUCAGUCUCUGAAGAAGAGGUUUAUGCAUUGCCGGAAUGUUUAUACACCUGUUCGUCGUUGAUAACACUAGUUUUGGGAUUCUGUUCUUUUGAUGCUAAUGUGGCUGUAGCAUGGAAGUCUCUAAAGAGCAUAAAAUUGAAGUGGAUGGUGUUAUCUAAUGACCAUAUUGUGAACUUACUGUCGGGAUGUCCUGUAUUGGAAACUAUGGAAUUAUCUCGUUUUAAGGGUUUUAGUCGUUUGGAAAUUAGGUCUUCAAAAUUGAAGAGACUAAAUUUGAUAGCAUACAAUGAUGAUGAACUUGAUCAUUCCUUGGAAAUUGUUGCCCCCUAUCUUCAGCAUUUGGAGAUUUGUGAAAUUCUUUAUGGUUUCAAGUGUAGGCUUGUAGACGUAUCCUCCUUGGUUAAUGCUAAGCUUACGUUCGAGAUUACAUGUAUCAAAGACAUCCAAUAUUUGCUUGAUGAAGAAAUUGAUGAUGACGAAGAUAGUUGUCGUGGCUAUCAUCAAGGUUUUAUGAUUCUCGUGUGGGAUUAUCUUCAAAAGCUGAGUAGUGCAAGCAAGAUAACAGUUGGAACAUGGUUCAUAGAGGUCCUGUGCAUGUUGCAGUUCAAAGGGGUGCGAAUUCCAGAAUUGAAAUGCAAGUAUUUGACGCUGGAGUUGCAUAAGAAAGAGUUAAGUGUGUUUGGAGCAGCUGGCCUUUUGCGAGCAUCACCUCAUGUUGAGUGUCUCAACAUAGACAUAAGAGCUAUGCAUCUUCGUGAUUGCUUUCUUGUGAAAAAUGUGUUAUCAAUUUUUGGCUACCUACAUCAUGAGUCUCUUUAUGAAAAGAAUAGCCAUUAUGAUCAUUUUCAGGCUGACAUGUAUUUGUCCCUGAUCGUAUUCUGUUUCCAGCCUGAUGCUACCUUCUGCUGCUUUGGGUUACAAGAUUUGGUCAAAGAAAAUAAUAUCAAUUUGCAGAGAUGGAUUUCAAUCUUUGUGCUUCCCAACCUCAAGAAUGUUAAGAUUGCCAUCUCCUCCCGGAUAUGCUUGAUAAAUCAUCUCAACUGGUCCUAUGCCAAGAAUCUUUUUGAACUUUCAGAAUUUUUGUUAAAGAAUGCAUUAGUUUUGGAGAAGUUUGUUAUCAUAUCAAAGAGAAGAAGGUGCGAGAAAUGUUCAAUGAACUGUGCGUACAAAUAUUUAUUUCCAUUGGCUGAGAAAUUGUUAGGUUCACCAAGAUUAUCCACCAAUUCUGUGAUUAUCUUCCGUGAGUGA